AAUUUUCUCCACUCGCGAAGCUACUCCCCCGAUCCGAAAAGUUUGUGUUAGCUGUGCUGCUGCUUUUUGUGUGCAAUUUAAUCGUGAAAUCCGACCGAAAAAUGGACGCAUUCGGUGAUGGAAAGUUUGACCAACCGGAAGUCGACCCGGCGGCCGAGUUCUUAGCCCGAGAGCAGAACGCCCUGGCCGGAUUGGAGGACGAAAUCCCUCCGGUGACGACAGGAAAUGGCUUCGCCGAAGGCGAUGACGUGACUCAACCAAAAGCUGAUUCUGGUGCAGAUCCCCUGGGACUUGAGUUCGAAUCGACCGGAAGUUUCGAAAUGAUUAAUCAUGAUGCCGAUCCGAUGAUGGCCGUCAAAAGCGAACCGGGCGCUGCUAACGAUGCUGGGCUGUUCUCAAACAGUCCCACGCACUCCAACGAAGAAGAUGGUAAUGAUGAUUUUUCAGGGUACACAGUACCCAAGCAAGUCACGGAGGAACCGGAAAGGAUCCGCAAGUGGCGUGAGGAGCAAAAGGCCCGUCUCGAGGAGAAGGAUCGCGAGGAGGAACGCAAAAAGGAGGAACUGCGCGAGCAGGCUCGCAAGGAACUCGAGGAUUGGUACAAACACCACGAGGAAUCCAUCUCCAAAACCAAAGCCGCCAACAGAAACGCCGAAAAGCAGUUCGUGGCGGAAACGGACGAAAUCGAACCGGGCACUGAGUGGGAACGCAUCGCCAAGCUGUGCGAUUUCAACCCCAAGACGAACAAGUCCAGCAAGGAUAUUUCCCGGAUGCGGUCCAUCAUUCUGCAGCUGAAGCAGAAUCCGAUCUCGACCAGCAAGAAGGUCUGAAUGCGCAGCGCAAUAGAAUCCUGAACAACAAACAAGGGGGGAGGAGCAGUUUAAUUGUGAGUAAUCAAUCCCUAUAUUUAUCUGGUAAGAAGACAACCUACAUCGAUAGGUCAGAUACCCGUCGUUGGUUUAUGUGUUAAAAUAAACCCUAAUGAGAAUUGUAAGAGACAAAACAGAACAUAUAUUAAUUGUAGAUCAGAAGAAAGUUUUUCUUAACGAUUUUGUUUGAUAUCUACUCGUUUGAAUAUUUCACUGUAUAUCGUUUGGCAUUGUUAUGCAUCUGUAUCAUGUAAAACUUUUCACCAUUCCUCGGAAAGUAUUUGCCCCGGUUUUUGUUUUAUUUUUUUUUUUCUACAAGUAUUAUCAGAAAAAUUGUGAAGUGAAACUUAUUAUUUCCGAGUGCAUUUACUGGUUCGAACUACUUCUACUGAUUUUCGAGUCCGUAUGUCUACAUCGGGAGGAAAAGUGCAAGCUGAAUUGUGCUGAAAUUAUAAGUUAUUGUAACCAAUCGUAACUAUGGUUGAAAAUGCUCUAGACAUCAAAAUAAAUCUGUUGAAAAGCUUA